AACGACGGUGGGGGCGCCUUUGUCCCGCAGAGGCAGCGGCGAGAAGGGAGCGGAGCGGCCGGACGGGAGCGGCCGGGAACGGGAGCGGGGCUGGGCCAGGCCGGGCCGGGCCGGGCGGUGGCAGCGCUCCCCUUCCCCUUCCGCGCGGCCGCACUAUGACUCUGGAGGAGCUGCCUGGCGACCAGCGCACCGCCGGCAGGAUGGAGCAGGCGGGGGACGCGCUGGAGGAGGUGCUGAGCAAGGCGCUGAGCCAGCGGAGCCUCACCCUGGGUGUCUACGAGGCGGCCAAGCUGCUCAACGUCGACCCUGACAACGUGGUGCUGUGCCUUCUGGCCGCCGACGAGGAAGAAGAAGGAGACGCGGCGCUGCAAAUCCACUUCACCUUAAUCCAAGCUUUCUGCUGCGAGAACGACAUCAACAUCCUGAGGGUCAGCAACCCGGCUCGCUUGGCCCAGUUGUUGCUGCCCGACGGCGGUCCUGAACCACCCACUGAUCUCCAUUGCGUCUUGGUCACGAAUCCCCACGCCUCCCAAUGGAAGGAUCCAGCGCUGAGUCAGCUGAUGUGUUUCUGCCGGGAGAGUCGCUACAUGGAUCAGUGGGUGCCGGUGAUCAACCUCCCCGAGCGGUGACCGCGUCCCAAACCUCACGAAAUCCUUCUUCUUAUUUUGUUAUUAUUAUUAUUAGUUUUUUUUUUUCCAAACCCGUUGCUCAGGAAUUGAUCGACCUCCACCCGGAUCGAAGAAGACGGGAGGGAGGGGAGAGGGAAGCAAAAAAAAAAAAAAAAAAAAAAAAAAACCCCGAAAAAAAAAAAAAAAAAGGGAUUUAAUAAUAAUUAAGCUGAUGUCACGUUGACCGCCGAGGUGUUGGAAAGGAGCACGGAAGCGGAGCUGGAAGAGCCAACCCCCGGAGCGGGGAUGUCGCGAUGCCGACCGCCCCUUGGGCUGUUUUUUUUUUUUUUUUUUUUUGCUUUUUCCAAGUGCGACUUGCACGGUUUCUGGUUGAAUUCCCUUCCCGGGAGCUCCACGAGGUUAAUCGGGACGCUUCACAAACGAUUUUAUUGUAUUUUUUGGGAUGUUGAUUCUCAAGUUUUUAAUGCUAAGAUAUAUAAUAAGUUAUUUUAUGAUAUUGAUGGGGGGGGGGGGGGGGGCAAAUUAUUUAUACUCUGAGGUUUGAGAACCGGACUACCCUCGAGCAGUUGGUCCACAACCGCACGUCUUUUAGCUGCUGCUGAAAGCAGCCACGGUGAUGUAAUAGUUGGAAAUCGGACGACGCUUUGUUUUUUGGGGGGGGGUUGUUUUUUGAAAUAAAGUUUUGACUCUGC